UAUCUAUCUAGUUGACUGGAGAUAAAUUGUACUUUGUUUUGUAACUAUUCUAGAAAGUUUCAAAAUUACAAAAUUAUUUCAUAUUCCUUCUGGAUGGCUAGGAUCCCCGCCAGCUGGCUGUGGGUCCUUCGAAAGAUUCGCCUGCACUACGAUGUGAUCGGUCAAAUCGCCGUGCUCUGCCUUCUUGUGCUGGGUGUCCUGGACUAUGGGUACCAUUUCCACGGAUGGGACCUCCUCUGGUGGAGGCAAAUGGUGCUGCAGGAGGAGAUUACCCCGCUGUCUGUCCUGUUGCACAUCGGUGGCGUUAAGGUGGCCAUUAUCCUGGUAGUCACAAUGUGGAGCUAUACCCGACAAGCAGCUGAAAAGCGUUUGCAGAGGAAUCAGGAUAUGCCAAUCACUCAGGUUCGAAAGCGGUACUGCCGCUUUCUAAUUAUGCGUCUACUUGCGUCCUUGGACAAGCUCAUCCAACACCAUCCUCGAAUGGAGGACUUUUUGGAACGGCGCAAGGACUUCGCCGAUGCAGUUGAGCUCUUUCGCUGGGAGGCUCGAAAGCUCUUCGAACGAACGGAUCUGCAACUCUGCCUGCCACUCCACGAGGUCCUUCCUGUGGAGGAUCAGUUGGAGCAGGACCUCCUCCGCCAGGGCUACGGCAAGAAAUUACAUUGGCUGCGUGAACUGGACAUUCACAUGAUGGUCUACGAAAACUGAAAGGGUUUCGGGGAUGGGAUUGUUACAAACCGCUUUACCAGUUGCCAAACUUUUUAAUUGGGUUUCGGCAACAAUCUUGGGUUGGCUGUUGUUAAUUUCACUUUGCCAACAUGUUAAUUUUAAUGCAGCACACACAUGUGAGUGGGGGUCCAAAGUCCCCGAAGUGGCAGGUCCUUCGCUGGAGUGCGGAGGGAGCAGAUGUCAUGACAUCCUCAAUGGCAGCUGGGCAUUCGUUGGAAUUAAAGUUUCACCAGAAAAUAUAUAUGUGCUCUUUAAAUUAAAUACGAAAUGUAACUGAGUAAUGAUGUUCUUA